GCCAGUGGGUGCACAACCACAUGGAGGGCCAGGGCAAAAUGGAGUUGACGGAUGGGAGGGGAAAGUGACCUGGCCCGACGGGCGGUGGUUUGAGGGCGAAUGGGUCGACGGCAAACAACACGGAGUUGGAUGUUAUUUUUCUCCCGAGGGUUUUCCAUUAUCUGAAGUGGAGUGGAGUUUUGGCCGCAAGAUUUCCGUCACUGAAGCAACGGCUAAUGUCCUUCCUGCUUCUUCUCCCCUGGGGCCCCUCGAGGGUACUGAAGAGGGGCCCCCCUCCUCCACAGCUUCGGAGAGCCGGGGGCCCCCCGCUGAGUCCGAAGCUGAAGCUCAUGCUGCUGCUGCUGCUGCUGCUGCUGCUGCCCCGCAGCAGCAGCAGCAGCAGCAGCAGCAGCAGGGGAGUCCCAGCAAGUGGGGCAAAUCGGCUCGCAAGAAAAAAGAGAAAACGCCGAAGAAGAAAAAAGACGCAAAGCAUGCGGAGGCUUCAGCAGCAGCAGCAGCAGCAGCAGACACGCCUGCAGCAGCAGCAGCAGCAGCAGACGCGCCUGCAGCAGCAGCAGCAGCAGAAGAGCCUGCAGCAGCAGCAGCAGCAGCAGCAGCUCCGAAGAAGAAAAAAGGGUUUUCUCUCUUCGGCAAGAAGGAGCCGAAGCAGCCAGCGGCUUGA